GAAAGAAAGCAGACUCGGCCGCUUGUUGUUGUCUGCACAAACACUUCGCAAGUUUGCGACUUUUCCAGCUAGUCAGUGAGAUACUUUUCGAAAUCCCCAAAAUGCCCUCCCGCGGCGGCACCAGCGUCCACAUAGUGGCCCUAGACGGUAUCGUGAACGUGAACUCCCUUUUCACCUUGGCCGUCUUCAUCGGCCUGACCUGGGAUCCCAACGACCCGAACAACACCCUGAUUGAGGUAAACGACCCCACCACCUGCCGCGCCGGGCCCCGCGUCGCGGAGGACCUCGUGGCCUUCCACGUGUACUCCUUCAGCUCCUUCCUCUUCUCCAGCCUCGUCGCCGUCGCCCUCAAGCAGGCCAUCCGGAUCACCCGAACCCCGUCCUACCACCCGGCCGAGCUCCUCGCCCGGGUCAACAGCUCCGCCCUCCGGGUCGGGAUGCUCGUCUCGGGUGCGGGUUCGGUUUGCGGGUGCGUGUUCCUGAUGCUGGCACUCAUCAACGUGGUGCAGAUCAAGCUCGGGACUUUGGGUUGCGGGAGCUCCCACACUUUGGCCGCCGUGAUCCCGCUUGUCAUCUUCGUCCCCGUUGCGCUCCUCAUCUAUGUUUGUAUCGUUUUGUACGCUUUUACGCGCUAGAGCUUUUGUAUAAUUCCUUCUGAUUUUGCAGAAUUUUAAUGCAUGGUUUGUGUUUCUUGAAAUUGAAGUAGUUGAAUUCAAUUGAAAGAAUGGAAAAGCUUGCUUC